UUCGUCAAUCUUUGCUCCUCUCUUCGAUCUCAUAAAGAACAUUAACCGGUUCGGCACUCUUCUCCCCUCCUUUUAAGUGAGGCCGAGAUUGAUCUCCAUGGACGAGGGAGCAAAUUCUCGCCGAAGCACAGGUGCUAAAGAAAACCACCCGAAGCAGAAAUCUGAAAGUCGUCGAAUAAGAUGGUUGACAAGAUGUCCAAUUUGCACUACUUUCGCAGCAAAGAAAGAAUGAAGGUCAAGCAGCUUGAACGUGAUAAUUGUGUUGGCAAGCUUUUGAAAGAAGUGAAAAAUCUGAAAGAUGAACUGAAAGCUAAGAAGAGGAGUAUUCGUGAAUGCCGAAACAAAGAAUUGGUCGAACGUGAAGCACUCAUUGAGCUUGAGAGGCUUAAACUUGAUGAAGAUAAGAGAAUGAAUUAUGAGAGAAAUGUUUUGCUAAUGUUGGCAUCCAUGGAGCAGAUUGAAAAGUCUCAAUUGAAUAUGUUAAGGCUAGUUGAAGAAGAAAAGAAGGAAAGAGAAGAGAUUCUAAAUAAGAUGCAUCAAGUUGUAAAGGAGAUGGAGGCCAUGCAGGAGUUGAGCAUGGUAAAUGAAGAGCUACAAGGGAAAAUUCAAGCAAUGGAAGAGAUGAAUAAACAGCUGAAGGAGAAAGUGGAGGAAUUUGUUGAGGUAGAAACUUUGCACAAGGGGAAUCAUGAACUGCAAGAAGCACGAAAAGAAUUAAUCGAGGCUUUGAAACAUACAUGGUCCUCAACUGGUAGGGCUAAUAUCGGAAUCAAGGAAAUGGGAAAAAUUGACGAGAAGCCAUUCCUAAGGGCAUGCAAGCAAAUUUAUCGACCAUGUAAAGCUCAGCUUCAGGCGACUACUCAAUGCAGCUUGUGGCAGGAAAAUUUGAAGGAUCAGGACUGGUACCCAUUUAAAACCAUAUUCAUCAGUGAUUGUGAAGGGAAUAUUUCAAAGAUGGAUCACAGUUCUGAUGAAGAAUCUGACAUUAGUGAAUCGGAGAUCAAUGACUACAAGGACAAGCCAUAUGAAGAACUGAGGGCUGGAAAAUACAAAGUAAAGGUAAAUGGAAUGUUAAGAUGUCCAUUCUGUGCUGGGAAAAAGAAGCAGGAUUACAAGUACAAGGAUUUGCUUCAACAUGCGUCAGGAGUGUCUAAGGGUUCUGCUAACAGGAGAGGAAAACAAAAGGCAAACCAUCUAGCCUUGUCAUUGUAUUUGGAAACCGACCUAGCAAAUGAAGCAGAUCAAAUUCAGAAUCCAGUUUUGCCUCAACCUGCCAAUCAAACUCCAGAGCAAGCUGAUGUCUUUACAUGGCCUUGGAUGGGAAUAGUAGUUAACAUUGUGACUGAUCCAAAGAAUGAUAAUGCUGCAUUGCAGAGUGGAUAUUGGUUGAAAAAGUUUGCUCAGUAUAAACCUUUGGAAGUUUAUACUUUCUGGAGUGAACAAGAGCAAACUGCACAGGCUGUGGUGAAAUUUAACAAUGAUUGGAAUGGAUUUGUGAAUGCAACUGAAUUUGAAAAAUCAUUUGAGACUGUGCAUCAUGGUAAAAAGGACUGGAAAGAACGAAAGACACAUCCUGGCUCAACUAUUUAUGGCUGGUGCGCUCGUGCUGAUGAUCACGCUUCUGAGGGACCAAUAGGAGAGUAUCUCUGCAGGGAAGGGAAGUUAAGAACAAUCUCUAGCAUAGUCCAAGAAGCAACUGAAAGUAGAAAUAUCGUUGUGGCACACCUAGCCAAUAAAAUAGAUCAGACAAAUGAAAAUUUGGACGAACUCCAGUACAAAUACAAUGAGAAGACCAUGUCCUUGAGUCGGAUGCUUGAAGAGAAAGACAAACUGCAUUAUGCUUUUCUUGAAGAAACAAGGAAGAUGCAGCGACUUGCACGUGAUAAUGUUCACAGAAUCAUGGAAGAGACACAAAAUCUGAAUGAUGAACUGGAGGCUAAGAAGAGGAAACUUGAUUGCUGGAGCAAAGAAUUGAACAAACGUGAAGCAAUAACUGAGCGUGAGAGACAAAAACUUGACGAAGAGAAAAAAAUGAAUGAUGUGAGAAACAAUUCACUUCAGUUGGCAUCCAUGGAGCAAAAAAAGGCUGAUGAGAAUGUCUUAAGGCUUGUUGAAGAACAAAAGAGGGAGAAAGAAGAGGCUCUAAAUAAGAUACUUCAGUUGGAAAAGCAGUUGGAUGCCAAACAGAAGUUGGAAUUGGAAAUUGAAGAGUUAAAAGGGAAACUUCAGGUUAUGAAGCAUCUCGGUGAUGACAAUGAUGCAGCUGUUCAAAAGACAAUGAAGGAGAUGAAUGAUGAACUGGAGGAGAAAAUAGAUGAUUUGACUGCUGGGGAAUCUCUGAAUCAAACUCUUAUUGUUAAGGAGCGCCAGAGCAAUGAUGAGCUACAAGAAGCACGUAAAGAAUUAAUUCAGGGUUUGAAAGGUACAUUGUCCUCAACUGUUAGGACUAAUAUUGGAGUAAAGAGAAUGGGAGAAAUUGAUGAAAAGCCAUUCUUUAAUACAUGCAAGCUAAGAUUUCCUCCCGAGGAAGCUCAAGUUCAGGCCACUACCCUAUGCAGCUUGUGGCAGGAGAAUUUGAAGAAUCCAGAUUGGCAUCCAUUUAAAAUUAUCAAUAAUGCUCAAGGGAAUUCACAGAUGCAGGAAAUAGUAGAUGAAGAAGAUGAGAAGCUACAAAAUCUCAAGCAGGAGUGGGGGAAUGAUAUAUACAUGGCUGUUAUUACUGCUUUGAAAGAGUUAAAUGAGUACAAUCCAAGUGGGAGAUAUGUGGUUGCUGAGCUCUGGAAUUUCAAAGAACAAAGGAAGGCCACGUUGAAGGAGGUGAUUGCUUACAUUGUGAAGAAUAUCAAGACCCUUAAGCGCAAGAGAUGAAGAGAAACUGAUUGCCGAGGUGUCUCUAGAAGAAAUGAAAGCUCUUCAACAGCAAAGUGGUUGCUCAAGGAGUUGGUUUUUUGCCAACUCCACCAAAUUGUAAGCUAAAGAAAGUUGUUAUAUUGGUGGGCCUGACGAGUUGUGAACUUAAACGUAAUUUUGAGUACAAGAAUACUGAAUGUAUUUCAGAUUGCAAGUUUCUUUGGUCCUUA